GGUGCUAGAAGUCACGAGCGCAUGGACCACCGUCCAGCUUAUCGAUUUCAUUUUGUUUAUUUCUAGACAGGGCUGUGAGCUCGGAAAGCCUGCCGCCUCUAGCACGCAUACACAAAGCAAAGUACGAUUGCAACCAUCAAGUAAGACUUUCCAAUGGACUCCGAGGCCCACACUCUCCACCUCCUCUUCUUCCCCGUCAUGGCCCAGGGCCACGUUCUCCCCAUGGUGGAUAUGGCCAAGCUCUUCGCCGCCCGCGGUGUAAAGGCCACCUUCGUCACCACUGCCGCCAACGCCGCCGCCGUCGAAGCGGCCAUCGGCCGCGCCAACCGCUCCUACCUCCACCCCAUCCACCUCCUCCUCCUCCCCUUCCCCGCCACCGCCGUCGGCCUCCCCGAGGGCACCGAGAACUUAUCCUUGGUAACCGACGACGCCCCCUCCCAGGAGAAAUUCCUUGCCGGCGUCACCAUGCUCCAAGGACCGUUCCGCCACGCCGUGGCCGACCUCCACCCCGACGCCAUUCUCACAGACUGGUUCCUCCCAUGGACGGUCGACGUCGCCGAGGAAUUCAACAUACCGAGGCUCGUCUUCCACGGCACCAGCUUCUUCUCCCGCUGCGUCGCCGAGGCCUUGGGCUACAACCCGCAGCCAGCCGUUGCCGACUCCAUAGUCAUCCCUGGAUUCCCUCACCGGAUCCAACUGCUAAAAUCUCAGCUCCCGGCCGUCACCCAAUUCAUCCCCGCCUUCGCGAACCUACUUGAUCAGAUUGCCAAGAAAGAGUGGAGAAGCUACGGAGUGGUGGUGAAUAGCUUCUACGAGCUCGAGCCCGACUAUGCCGAGCUUUUCCGCAAGGGCUACGGCAAGAAGGCCUGGCACGUCGGCCCUGUGUCCUUGUGCAACAAGGAGCUGGAGGACAAAUCUUUGAGAGGGAACAGGGGUGCCGUGGACCACGACGAGUGCUUGAAAUGGCUGGAUAAGAAGGAGCCCGGAUCGGUCGUUUACGUUUGUUUCGGGAGCCAGUGCCUGUUCAGCAGAGCCGAGUUGCGUGAGCUAGCGUUGGGCUUCGAAAACUGUGGGCAUCCUUUCCUCUGGGUGGUGAGAAGCGGGGUGGAUGGGUGGAUGCCGGAUGGAUACGAGGAGAGGAUCGGAGGGAGGGGUUUGAUCGUGACAGGAUGGGCACCGCAGAUACUGAUAUUGAACCAUGAGGCGGUCGGGUGUUUUAUGACCCAUUGUGGCUGGAAUUCGACGCUGGAAGGCGUGACCGCCGGCGUGCCCAUGAUCACGCGGCCGCUUUUCGCCGAGCAAUUCUACAAUGAAAAGCUGAUCGUGGAGGUGCUGCGGAUCGGGGUUGGGGUCGGGGCCAAGAAUCAUGGAGAAAGGCCUGAUGACAGGGAGUUGGUAGGGGCGCCGCAGAUAGAGAGGGCCUUGAGGCGAUUGAUGGAUGGUGGAGAGGAGGCAGAGGGUAUGAAGAGGCACGCCAAGGAGUUGGGAGAGAUGGCAAAGAAGGCGAUGGAGGAGGGUGGGUCAUCCUAUGUUGAUAUGGGAAAUCUGAUACAAGAAUUGAUGGAUAGACGGUCUACGAUUAGUACUUGAGAGAUCAUGGAUAUGAUUUAAAUGAUUAGUUUCCUUGCAGUGGCUUCUUGAGUUUUAUUUCUCACUUGAAGUAUCCAUUAGUUUGUUUGGUGCUUAUAAAUUGAUUACAUCUGAAGAUGCCAAACUUUUUAUCAUUUUUCCUUUU